AUGACACGAGUUUUGCUACCGGAUCGGGCUUCUGUGGGCCAUUCACAGUCUCAAAAGAAGGAUAAUAUUAAGAUAAAUGCCCUAGAACCCAUCCCUGGAACCGCAUGCGGGCCCUAUGGCGAGCGACUUGUUGUUCAAGUUGUGGACGAACUGGCCGAGAGGACUCCCCACAGGAUAUAUGCGACGGUGACCAAAUCCGCCCAUGAUGUUGAUCAAGGGUUUCGUGAUAUUACCUUCCGGAACUUGGCCGAUGCUGUAAAUCUGGUCAGUUGGCGCAACCAACAGCUUUUUGGCCGCAACGAUGAUUUUGGGGUAAUUGCAUACUUGGGAGUCUCCGACAUUCGUUAUGCAUUUUACCUCUUUGCGGCUAUCAAAACUGGUUACAAGUUGAUGAUUCCCUCCGUGCGCAAUUCGCUCUCGCAACAUCUGGCGGUUUUAGAUGAAGCGGGCUGCAAUAUUUUGUAUUAUACAGUCGAGAUGGAGACCCGUGUUCAAGAAUUGAAGAAGGAGAGGCCACUUCUACGCACAAUUCUCGUGGAGAGCCUCGAUCACCACAUCGGCCAAUGCACCCCGCACUAUAAAUACGAGAAGACUUGGGUGGAUGCAAGGACAGAUCCAAUAUUGAUUGCUCAUUCGUCUGGAUCUACUGGUAAUCCAAAACCGACGACUCUCACAAACGGCGUGUACUCAACUUACGAUAACCACCGAAAAAUACCAUCUGUUCCAGGUCGUCGAAUCCAGAGCUAUAAUCUACUGGAGUUUGAGGGCGGAGGAAAAUUCUUUAAUCCUUUUCCCCCGUUUCAUCUAGCGGGACUAUUCGCUAUGACAAUCAUGCCCAUAUUUUAUAGUUGUACAGUGACUCUUGGUCCUCCAGAGAAACCUCCCAGCGGGGAUAUUCUCAGCCGAGCGAUGAAACAACUCAACAUUCGUGCUGCCUGGUGCCCUCCAACUGUUAUCGAGGAGCUCGUCGAUCUCCCCGGUGGCUUCGACCAGGCAUCGACACUUGAUUGGAUCAUGUACACUGGGGGUCCUCUUGCACCCCGGGUAGGGGACCGACUCUGUCAUGUCACUUCGAUCUGUCAACUCUAUGGAUCAACCGAGACGGGGCCACAUAUUCCGUUAGUCCCGCUGCCUGAGAAUUGGAACUAUUUUGAAUGGCAUCCCUUGUUGGAAAAUGAAAUGGACCCCAUGGGCGAUGGUACCUUUGAAAUGGUUGUGAACAGGGACUCUUCCCUAGAUUGGAUUCGACAUCUAAGUCAAGCAUACCCUAGCCUCGAUGUUUGGAGGACAAACGAUUUAUUUGUCCAGGCCCCGAAUAAUCCCAACCUCUGGCGCUUUGUCGGACGAAGAGACGACGUCCUCGUCCUAUCAAACGGCGAAAAGUUCAACCCUGUGAAUAUGGAAGGUGCAAUCACUGGGCAUCCUUUGGUUAGAGGAGCCUUGAUCGCUGGAACUGCCCGUUUCCAAGCCUGUCUCAUUAUCGAGCCUUUGGAAUACGACGCAAACCUAUCUGAUUCCGAGUUUAUUGAUCGGAUCUGGCCAACUGUGGAAGAAGCUAAUAAGGUUGGUCCCGCACAUGGCCGCAUCUUCAGAUCCAAAGUCAUGGUUGCGAAACCUGAUAAACCAUUCAAACGUGCUGGUAAAGGGACCGUGAUAAGGGGCCAGACGACUCGUCUAUAUGUUGACGAAAUUGAUGCCCUAUACAACGAGCAGGCGAAUUCUGAGGGGCCCGUUUUACACUCAUGGGAUUCGACUGAGCACAUACGGGAGUAUGUGAGAGCAGCGGUGGCAUGGUUGUUACCGUCAACUCAGGCUCCUCAUGGGGAUGAUGACGACAUCUUUGUUUUAGGUAUGGAUUCCUUACAAACUUCCGAACUCGCCAAGACCUUUCAGAGGACCAUAUCUCCUCAUGUAGGCGGUUCAUCUGCUCCCAAGCUGGCACCUAGUUCUAUAUACGCGAACCCAACUAUCGGGAAACUGUCCGCCCUUCUCUUCAACAUUUUACACAGUGAUGGUAUUGAAGCAUCAGCGGAAGAGGAGGAGACAGACAGGGUGGCAUAUAUGGCCAAGCUAGUCGAAGACUAUACCUCCUACCUGGCAGCUAAUCGGAGACCUGACUCUCCAAAUAAAUUGCAUGUUGCUAUUACCGGGACCACAGGAUCACUUGGGACCCAUCUACUGGAAACAAUUGUCAAUGACCCAGGCGUCGGGUGUAUCUACUGCCUAAAUCGCGAUCGGAACGCUCAAUCGCGACACCAAGCCGAUUUCGAUGCUCGAGAUGUCGCGUUAGACCUUGAUGCGCUGAGCGAGAGGAUCAAGUUUAUGCAAAUCACUGUCGGUGACGCUAACAUGGGCUUAUGUGAAGCAGAUUGGAGCAUGCUCGCCAACAAGGUGGACAUCAUCAUUCAUAACGCAUGGAAGGUCGAUUUCAAUCACAAGCUGCCUUCGUUUAAGGAUCACCUCCACGGCCUUAGGGAUAUAUUGAGCCUCACAACUAACUCACCUACAAAACGACCGCACGUCUUCUUUGUGUCCUCGCUGUCUACGGUUGGAAAUUGGCCGAACCUCUGCAAGGAUAGCAAUCAAGUCCCCGAGAUUGUGCCUCUGGAUUAUAAUUUUGCACUUCCCAUGGGCUACGCAGAGUCAAAAUUGGUAGCCGAGAGGAUGAUCACGGAAGCUGUUGCCAGCAGUGGAGCGAAAGCUACGAUCCUGCGCGUUGGACAAAUUGCAGGCCCCUUGUCCGAGAAUGGGGGAGAAUGGCACAGAACAGAGUGGCUGCCUACACUUAUUAAAACAUCCAAGGCCCUGGGAUGUCUUCCUGACUCCAUGAAUAUGAUCGACUGGGUCCCGGUUGACAAGCUAUCGCAAAUCAUUAGUGAGAUUGUUCAGCAUGAAUAUAAGCAGAGCCCCUCUUCACUUGUUUACAAUCUUGUCAAUCCUCGCCAGGGGAAAUGGGAUGAGCUUGUUACGCAAAUACAAGAGGCAUGGAAGCCGGCCAUGACGAGAGCUGUGCCUUUUCAAGAUUGGCUUGAGCUAUUAAACGAUCAGAGGAUAGACCUGGAAAAGUUUCCUGCGCUGAGAAUUCCGGAAUUUUACCAAGGAUUGGCUGAGGACGCGGAAUCUUGCGAGGAGAGGCAGGUCGUCUAUGCCACCGAUAACGGGACCGAGGUCAGCCCAACGAUGAGGCAAUUACAGCCGAUUGACGGAGAGGCCAUGAGAACCUGGUUAAAUCAAUGGAAAUUCUAA